UUACCAUACAUGUGUAUUAUCCCUUUCAAUUCCACAACGUGCCAGAACCUGCUUCUUUCCUUUCUACCUUCUUAUGGUUUAAGGUAUUAUCAUGAAGAGGAAAACGCUUGAGAGCUUCUCUCUGCUGGGUUUCUCAAUCCAGCGUUUUCUCUCAUCCAUACAACUUUAUAAAGAUGAAAAACGUUGAGAGAGUCUCUCUCCUGGGUUUCACGACCGAGUUCGUUUUUCCGUAUUGAUUCUGAGAAAUUCGUGGUCGAUGUUGAUUGCUUCUUGCUAUUCGAAGCUAUAAUCCCAUCUAAAACCUAAAUUCAUCCUUGGAUUUGAGUUAGGAAGGUGGAUUUAUGCCCAAACCCCAGAAAACAAAGGUUAGAAAUUGCAAUAACAUUGUUCACGUUUCUUGAAGUUUUCACUGAAUACCAGGAUUAGCUUGCUGUUACCUUGAAAUUGGGACUGGUUUGGGAUUCCCCACCUCAGGGCGAGCCUAGUCAUCCUAUUUUCUGAUUGUUUGGAAGUCAAGCUACCUGUACUCAGUCUAAUCGACGACCUCUCCUGGGCCUGAGCUGUGGGUGAAGACGAGCGCAGUACAGCGAACUGCUUUAUUCUAAGGAUGGUUUCAAUACUACGCUCAGAUGAUACCUUCUGAUUUUAUCAAUCGAUUUGAGUUUGAUUGUGUUAAUUGGAACUUGGUUGGAUUUCUUAGUUUCCUUGGUGAGGUAGUCUGAUGUACCCCUUGUCAACUAUUAUGGCGAGGAAGAAGAUUGUGGAGCCACCAACAGUGAGAGCUACUAGGUCCAACUUGCCAUCUUUGCUGACAUUGAUGAAGAAUUCCCCGUUCUUCCCUCUGGGAAGAAACAAGCUGGGGCGAAUUCCAGUAAGGCAUGGGAGUCUCACGCUCCUGUGAAAAAUUCUACUGUUGCAGUAGAUAAUUCUGGGAUUUUUGGUAAUAGCAAGGCUGGGCAGACUGCCCCAGUCUAGACAGAUGCUACUGAUGCAGGAGCUUCGUCUCCUUUGGUGCCAAUUAAGGUAACUGUUUCAAACAAAGUUAUUGAGAACUCACUUGUACGAAUGUACUAAUCAAGCAGGUUCAACAUGUCAGUUUCUUUAACACACAAAGAACAUAACUCUCUCUGUUCCAAAAAUAAACUAAUUUUCCUACGUAUUAACUUGUUUUGAUGAUGUUCACUCCUCAAAGUGUUAGUCUAGAUGGUGCGAGCAUAACCACUAAAAAAGUAAAAAGCAUACGGAGUAUAAGUUAUGGUAAAGCUCUUAUCAACAAAGGAAAACGGAAUGAAAGUCAAUAUCCAAUUUGCAUUUAGUUUUGAUAAACUUAGUCAAAAAUCAAUAUUAGAAUGAUAUUAGUAAAAACUUAGUCAAUAUCCAAACUUGUAGUCAAGUCAACCUUUUUAAUCUGUCGAUAUUAAUUUUUGUAAAAAUGAAAGUUGAGUGUAACCAUUGGUUUCCAUCUUUUCGUUUUAGUCCCUAGGGACAAGGUAGUGUCAAUUCUUUCGUUUGUAAAAAUGAGAGUUGAACGUACUCAAAGCAUGACUUUAAGCAAUUUAUGUGUGACUACUUUAGUAUGUUUCUAUAAUAGGGAUUUGUAUUGCUUUUGUAGAUUUUCUGCUAUAUAAAUUCCAGUUCAAGCAAGCAUUUGGAUACCUGUGAGGAUAACAAUUUGUUGAGAGAUGGAUGAAUUUAAAAUGCAGAACCAUAACAAUUUUUUGUUGUAUGCAGUCAUUUGUGCUGAUUAUAUGUUCUUUGGAUAGUUUACUCGUAUCCCGACUAAAUAUUAGAAAAAAUCUAUCCUACAUAAAUAAUAUUGGACAAUUAAACAAUUGCGCAACGCACGUGUAAAGGUUUGAACUUUUAGGCUCUGAAGGUGGAGUUCCCUUCACUCUGAGUUGCCAAGGUCACCGGAGGCUCCCCCAAUAAGCUCUCCAAGACUAAGGUGGUGAGGAUGUCAAUUGCUCAAGCGUUAACUAUGAUUUUCCCGACACAUGAAGUGUCACUAAGGAUAGGUUACAAGAACCAGAAGUAUUUCCCCUCGAUCUACGUCCUAGGAAAGUAGGAAGACCAGAGACAUCUGCAGAUGCCUCACUAAGCACCGGGCAUCUCUAAAGACUGAAAGGCAGAAGAAUCCAAAAAUGUUUCCCUUUAAGAAAGUAUGCUAGCUAUUAAGGUUUAAUUGUUAGAGAAGUAUUUCCCUUUAAGAAAGUAUGCUAGCUAUUAAGAUUUAAUUGUUAGACAAGUAUUUCCCUUUAAGAAAGUAUGCAAUUAAGGUUUAAUUGUUAUAAUUAUGUACGUAGUGAGUUGUGUGGCUGAACCCGGAGGAUGCUACUCAGCCUCUUAACUUGUUUUUGUUUUGAUAUAACCAUACAACACCAAUAUGUUACAUUUUUUUUUUGUUCUCAAGUUUUUUACCAUUUAGAAUUUAUUAUUGGUCAAAGACAUGAUUAUAAUUUUCCCGAUGUGGUGAGGAUGGUCGUUUAUGAGAUAUGUCGCAUUUCCUUGAGUGUUUGGACUAAUACCCGUUAAUCUUGUACAUAACUUUUUUGGUUGAAGUUGUGUAUAUUUACAUUUCCCCGAUAAAAGAUGUAUGUCAAUUUUAUAUGGAUGAUACAAUAUUGGGCAUUCUUCCCAUCGCGCAAAGCACGUUACAAAAACUACUUAAAUAUAUAUGUAAGGGAUUGGAUAGAAUAAAGCGUAGCUAAAAUAUCAACGAAAAGAAAACAUUCUCGAUAGUCCCUCGAUGGAGAAAUUUUUGUAACUGCCUUUUCACUAUUAAAUUAGCUAAUACGGAGUAUUUAAAUAACUAGACGAAAUACCCGUGCGAUGCACGGGUACAUCUAGAGCAAAACAACAAUUUGCUUGAAAUUAUAUUUAUUCUAAUGUACAUAAUACUCCCUCUAUCGCGCAAAUAACUUCACACUUUGACUUCACACAGGUUAAGGAAAUAAAUUUGACUUUAUUAUGGAGUGCACUGUUUUGCACUGUUUCAACACUGUUUGGACAUUGUUUGGCAUUGUUUUGAUGUAGAUAAUUUGCUAAAUAAGGAAAGUAUUGAAGUGUGAAGUUAAUUUCGGGACUGCCCAAAAAGGAAAGUGGGAAGUUGUUUACGGAACGGGGGGAGUAAGUAGUUAUUUUAUGAAUAUAAAAGGAUAGUAUAGUCUGGUAAUAGUUUACUGGUAACCGCUAGUGAUAUAAUAGAGAGAAUGGAGAGUUAAAAUUCAAAGAGAGAAAGAACUUGUGUUAAAUGCACUACACAUGUCGCCUAAUCUAUUGGCGAGAGUCAUGUAACAUAGCAUAAACUAACGUGUGCCAUUUCUUGACUGACUUCUGCCAAAGUGUUCUUUAAUUUGUGGGCCGAGGUGAUGAUGGUUGAGGUGCAGGGGUGCACCUCGGGUCUAGUGUUGUCCUAGUUUGUGAGUGACUAUCUGGGUUCUAUGGUCAAGGUGUCAUCACCAAGGUGAUGCCCCCUGAGGUGACUAUAUGGAAAGAGAGUCGUUAUUUUAAUUUUGGACCGGGCUUGUUUGAGAGGCCUUUAGUAGUGUGACGGGCUUGAGCCCGUUAUGUAUCUAAGGGUGCAUGGGCCGUGGAUCCAAGUCCCAUAUAAUCUAUCAUAUGUUUUUUGUUAUGCUUUCAAACCUAUCAUAGAAUCUCUUCUAUGUUAAAGAUCAACAUCCUUGAACUGGGAUGUGAUUUGAAAAGAUCGGUGAUCGCCUUAACCAAACAUUAUUCAAAUAUAAUAAAUUCUUAUAUAUAUUGGUGAUCUGCUUGUUAAAAUGUUACUCAGAUUGAAGCUUGUUUUACUAAAAAUUACUCAUUGAACAAUGAAUGUAUCUUAGUGUACAUAUACAAUACAUUGGUAGAUACCCGUAUUAAAUUGAUAUAGUUAAAAUGGAGAAAAUUACAUUUACUACAUAGGAGAAAGUAAUUUAUGCUUUAGCAUGUAUUGGUAAUUGGAAGAUUAAGAUUUAUACAUACGUGUUCCAUAUCCGUCUGUAGCCAUCGUAACCCAUUACCUUUGAAGUGGGCACCAGUACAGUUAAUCAUUAUACUGGCACUCUUUUGAUGCAGUCUAAACCUCACAAUUUUUAUUAGGAAAAGUUCCUGAAAUAGGAUUAAAACAGUUUGAAAAUUCCAAAAUAGAAUUGUCAUGUUUUUUAUUCCUAAAAUAGUAGUAAUUACUGCCAAAUUUGGAAAAUGCCGUCAUGUUUGAAGUCUGGUACUGCCAAAACGUGACAAUAAUUAGUCCUAUUUUGGGAAUAAAAACAUGACAGUCCUAUUUUGAAAAUUUCAAACCUUUUAGUCCUAUUUCGAGUAAUAUUCUCUUUUUAUUCUUAAGUGUAUAAAACAAAUUAAGUUGUUCUACAUCAAAUAUUUAAUUUGCCAUUAACGUUAUUUAUUUCUAUUUGUAUUGACUUCUAUUUCAGUUUUAUUUUAUAAUUCCAUUUCCAUCGGUCACUUAUAAUAGACAAAAUUAAAAUAAGAGAUAGAAAUAAAAUAUACACUCUUCUCUGUUUCAUUUUGUAACAUACAUUUCAUUUUUUAAUUAAUUGUCUAAAAAAAUAUGAAUACUUGUUCAAUCACUUUAUCACCACUUAGGACGGCCUCUUUGAUUCCUUUAUACAUGUUCGCCCUAACUUCCUUCUGAUGAGUUCUGUAAUAGUACAAUCGAGUUGAUUCAAUUGUACUAUAUACAUCCACCAACAAUUGUUGAAACAGACGUUUUGAAAAUAAAAAACAUGCUUGUUCAGCAUCUCGAUUUUACCCCACUUACUUUUUACAAACUACUUUCUCUUUCCUACUUUACCAUCACUUUACUCUUCUUAAUGCACUCUCUUUCCUACUUUAUCAUUACUUCACUCUUUUUAAUAUACUCUUUUUCCUACUUUAAUAUUUACCUUACACACUCUAUACUUACCCUACUACUUUCCUCUUAAAACUCGUGCCAAAGCCUAGAGGGACUAAUAAUAAAGAACAGAGGGAGUAUAUUUUUUACUCUUUCUGGACACAUCGUGCUCUUUCUUACUUUUGAGUGUUACAAUUUUAAAAAUCAUCAUUUUAUCAUUUAUUUUCUUAAUACCCACACCAAACCCACAUAUACCUUACAUUUGGGACAAAUGUAGUACUAUAUAUCUACAACCCGUUUGGUAAACCCAAUUUUAGCUUGUUAACCUUAUCAACCAAUCUUUUUUACUAAAAGCAUAACUCUUGGUUUCACGCGCUAAAUUGUAUAGUAAUCAAAAUAAGUAAGGUUGCAUUUACUAAUUUGGCUGAAUUGGUUAGACAUACUGUAAAAGACCAUUUUAAUCAUUUUCAUAUAUUCUUUUUUUAUUUUAUUAAUAAAAUGUAUUUAAAUAUAGUUUUUCAUAAUUCAGAUUUAGUCGAUAUAGCACUCUAAGAGAGGGUUAGAAAAUUUAAUAAAACUAAACAUUCAUACCAAUUUAGUAGUUUGAUUAUUAUAAAAUUUAGAAAAUUAGAAAAAUUAUUUAAUCAUUUGGAAAUACAUUUUAAGAUAAAUUGAAAAUUAUUUUAUUAUGAAGAUGUAUUUACAUAGACUUUGAAACACUUGAAAUUACUUGGUAGUUGCUAGUCGAUUAAAAAUCAUUUCAUACCAUAUAUAUGUGACACGCAUGAUAUCAAAUACAUUUCUUACCAUAUACAUAUAUGUGACAUGUGUAUAACUUUAGGAGUACGUGUUUAAUCAACAUACGGUGUAUUACAUGUAGUAGUAAAUUAUACUACGUAUAUCUUACAAUACUUUCUUAAGAUUGGCCAAUAAAUGCUCCAAUCUUACCAUAAUUUCAUUUUCAUACGAUGCUUUUCGGACGGGCAAGAUUUCAGUUAUACAUUUUACAUAAAUUCCCAUUAUUAUGUUCCUAAUUACAUCCUUAAUUUGGGCAGGAAUUUUCCCUCCAAUAGUAAUAGCAACUUUGCUACUUUAUAUUAUAUAAAGAUCCAUGUAUUCUAAUCUCCAAUCCCUUGUUUAUUCUUCCCACCAGCUCCUACGUACUUUCUCCAUAAGUGAAUAUUGUGUGAAAAUGACUGAAAUAGUACUACCUCCGUCCCUUAUAUUGGUUGUCCACUUUCAAUUUGACACGCUUAUUAAUAAAGUGGUUGAAAAGUAAAAGUUGUGGUUGAGAUUUGAGUAGAAUAAAGUGAAAUGAUAAGAACCACAUAUUUCUUGCCAAUAAAGGAAACAAGACAUUUAUUUUGGGACAACCAAAAAGGGAAAGUAAGACAUCCAAAGUGGGACGGAGGGUAUCAUUUUAGCAAAGAGAAUUUCAAAAUAAUACUUCUAACGUAGCUAAAAUGAUAUACAGUUUUAUUUUGUUGUUGAUAACAAUAAUUCAUUUUCAUUCUGAUAUCCUCACUAUUAUUAAUUUCUUAUAGAAAAUAGAACUUUUAAUGAAAAUCUUGGCAUACAAAUUUAAAACAUAUAUUCAUAAACUUUAAAUACUUUCUCAUCAGUAUCAUUAACAAAUAAACUAAUUCCAAUCCAUCAAUUAAAUUCACUCUUCCAAUUUCGCGGUUUCAAACAUUGACAUUUGACCUCUGUCCAUGAAUGUCAUAUUUAUAAAAAUAUACACUUAUAAAAUUUAUUUAUAGUAAAGUAAUAAGACUUCAAUAAUAUUAAUACAUAUUGAAAUGAAAUAUUCCAAACUGUUUUUACGUUACUUGAUAAUAUUUGAAUGCUCAAAUUAAAGUUAAUAAAAUUUAACUCAAAAGAGUGAAAUAUAAACUUAAUUGUGGGAUCAAAACCGAUGCGGGGAGUAUUUGUAUUUAGCAAGAAAGAAUCUAUAUAUACACGCUAAGGCACAAAGUAACAUUAUUAAUAGAUAGAAAUAUCGGGACAUAUUUGUAAUUCUCUUAUUUCAUCUGUUUAGUAUAAAUAUACCAUCAGGGCUCCCUAUUAGGGUAAGCCAUAAUUCCAUAAUAUUGUAUAUGGUAUCAGUCGCCUAGGUAUUCUUCUCUUCCGCUGAAUAUGUCGCACGAUACCUCCGCCUCAGGAAUCCCUACUGCUGCCGGGUCCUCCACAUCUGCUCCGGCUUCUUUUUCUUCGGCGGUCGCAAAUAGUACCAGCAUGGCGCCCUCCUCCAGUAUUCCGGUGCAGCCAUUCUCCUCUUCCUCGCUGGAUUUUUCUUCCCCAUCAGUUCGCCGUUUUGGGUCCAUGCAUGAUCCCCCGAUUCUGCCUUCAUUGGACUCCUAUCGGAUGUUUGGUAUGCCCACUCCUUUCACGUGGAAUCCAGCAACAAUUGUACCCUCUCUUCCGCCGAUGACAGCACCGAUUGGACCUCCUCCUGUAUUGAUCGGAUCAUCUUCUUCACAGAGCCUUCCCCUGCUCUCCACCAGUCAGCCGGGUCCUUCUUCGUCUUCACUGCCUACGUUUACCGGCGUUACUUUCUCUGGACAGCCGGGCACAUCUCCUCUUCUGCCGCAUCAGUCAGUUCUCACGCCAGGUUUUUCCACUGCUUCUUCCUUUUUGGGUUCCUUGGCUUCUCAACUGACCUUCUCCACGCCUAAUGUGACAAAUAUUGUCACUACUCGGUUGAAGGCAGUCGAGGACUACCUUCCAUGGCGUACCCAAUUCGAAUCGUUUCUGGUUUCCCACAGUCUUCUUGGGAUUCUAGAUGGUUCCGUCUUGGCUCCGCCACAACUUAUUACUGAUGUUCAUCAACGGGAGGUACCCAAUCCUGAGUAUCAUUACUGGCUUAAGAUUGAUCAAACUGUCCGGUCAUGGCUAUUUGCUACAUUAUCACGCGACAUUCUCAUGGAGGUAUAUGAUUUAAAAUUCUCUGCACGCAUUUGGGAGUCUCUUGAAACACGGUUUAUGUCUGCUUGUUUGGCCCGAUCUAUAGAGCUUAAACGCCAGUUGUCUCAUAUAAAGAAGAAGGAGUCCCAAACUAUUGACCAAUACUUAUUGGAAGUUAAACUAUUGGCUGACAAUCUUAAUUCCAUUAAUUCACCCGUUAGCAACCGUGAUGUCAUUGAAUAUACCAUUAAUGGUUUGGGGCCGGAUUAUGAGUCUUUAAUCAGCAUUAUUUCCUAUAUUCCGGGUAUUGCCACUAUUGAAUCUCUGCGGCCUGUCCUUCUUGCUCAAGAACAAAGGAAUCAGUUUCUUCGUUCUCAAGAUCCGGCUCCAGCUCACCAGGCGUUUGCGGCUGCCCCAGCAGUUGCCGCAGUUCCAGCGGGCCAGAAUCGAGGGGGUGCAGCGCCUGUAGCUCGUGGACAGGGGGGUCGAGCUCCAGCAGGGCGCGGGUAUCGCGGUGGCCGUGGUCGUGGGCAACGCGGCAGGGGCCGCGGGUAUGGUGUUCAGUUCCAUCACCAGCAGGCAGUUUAUGGACAUCAGCAGCCUCCUCUUUUGCCGUUACCACCAUUUGGCCAGUACGGAUCUCCUCGGGCGCAGGCUCCCGCUGGCAAUCCAGGUUUUCCAUCUGGGGAUAAUAGUCAUUUUCCACAACCUCCAGUUAUCUGCCAAAUUUGUUUCUCGCCAGGUCAUUCCGCACUUACAUGUUCCCGAUUUGUUGGUCCAUCUGCACCGGCCCUUGCGGCUCUCCCUUCUGGCGAAUCAAAUUCCGCGGUGUGGUACCCUGAUUCUGGGGCGUCAGCUCAUAUGACUCCUCACGAAGGACAAUCAGACGGGGGCGCAUCUUCUUCAGGCUUCCAAUAAAGAUCACCUUUACCCGUUUCAUGCCUUUCGAGCUACUCUUAUUCCUGGCCCCACUUGGCACAAACGUUUGGGACAUUGUGGUGACAGAGUUUUACAACGUCUUCGGCAAAAUAAUUUUAUUUCUACUUCUAGUAAUUUUAAUCAUAAUUGUGUUUCUUGUAAGCUGGGUAAAUCCCACAGACUUCCGUUUUAUGAUGUUGUUCACUCUUGCACUGCACCUUUGGAACUUAUUCAUUCAUAUGUUUGGCAAUCGCCAGUUCUUUCAAAUCUAGGAUUCAAAUAUUAUGUUUGCUUUAU